AUGCUGAAGAGCGGUGGCGGAUUUGAGGAAGUCAUCGCCAACCAGCCGUUGGUGAUCGACAAUGGAACGGGUGUCGUCAAAGCUGGCUUUGCUGGCGAAGACACCCCUAAAUGUGUAUUUCCUGCCUUCGUGGGGCGACCAAAGUUCCAGCGCGUCAUGGCAGGCGCCAUUGAGGGCGACGUUUUUGUAGGAACGAAGGCAGAACAGCUUCGAGGUCUCCUGAAGCUGAGCUACCCCAUGUGCCACGGCAUGGUUGACGACUGGCUUGACAUGGAGCUCGUCUGGACGCAAGUUUUCUCUGAGAUGAAAAUCAACUCUGAAGAGCAUCCCGUCUUGCUGACGGAAAGUGCGUUGAAUCCUCGGAAACAGCGUGAGAAAGCAGCAGAGAUCUUCUUCGAAACUUUCAACUCGCCUGCCAUGUUUGUUUCUGCUCAACCCAUUCUGGCUUUGUACUCUAGUGGCCGGACUACAGGAGUUGUUCUGGACAGCGGGGAUGGUGUCACUCACGCCGUGCCUGUCUACGAGGGCUUUUCUCUUUCGCAUGCAAUCAUGCGUUCGGACGUCGCCGGCCGAGAUAUCACGGACUACCUCGCGCUUCUUCUCAGACGCGCAGGUCACAUUUUCCAUACGUCUGCAGAGAUGGAUGUAGUUCGCACCAUCAAGGAGAGCGCUUGCUACAUCGCCUUCAACCCCCAGAAAGAAGACGCGCAGGGAUUCGACAAAGCCGGAGGCGGGUAUCCUUUUCAACUGCCUGACGGCGUCCAGAUUCAGAUUGCCUCCGAACGCUAUCGAGCUCCCGAGAUUCUCUUCCACCCUUCUCUCAUAGGGCUGGAGUACGCUGGCAUGCACGAGCUCCUCGUUACGUCCGUCAGCCGCUGUGAUCUGGACCUGAGGAGAAUGUUGUAUUCUCAAAUCGUUCUCGCUGGAGGGUCGACGAUGUUUCACGGCUUCGGAGAUCGGCUGUUGAACGAAGUUCGAAAACUCGCUCCGAAGGACAUCAAGAUUCGCAUUUCUGCCCCUCCGGAGCGCAAGUAUUCAACGUGGAUUGGAGGUUCGAUUCUGGCGUCUCUCGCCACUUUCAAGAAGAUGUGGGUUUCAAAGCAGGAGUACGAGGAAUAUGGCGCAGGAAUUUUGCAUCGGAAGACUCUCUAAGUUUCUGUGAAUUCCAGAGACAGUUUCACAGCCCGUUAUUUCCGUCAACGUUCAGACGGUUCUACCAGGUCUGCGUCGGAACGCUUGAAGAGAGCUCGAACUCUCAUUAGGUCUUUGUUAGGAGAGGACGCGCUUCUUCUUCUCUUGCCUAGGAUGUGCCUUCAAUCCUUUUCUCUCGUUCCGAGCAAGUGCAUGCGUAUUCACAUGUUGGUUCAAGUGUACGCUGGGUGGAGUGCAGAGAGGGGAAUCUGUUUUUCGUCUCGGGGUUUCAGAGUGUCACCUGAUUGUUGUUUUCUCUUUUUGCUCGCUCGUGUUCUCUGUCGCGCUUCGCUCUUGAAGUCGAGAGCUCAAAAACAAGACCGACUUUUCCGCGCGCGAAACGAACUCUCUGGAGUCUUCACAGAAAUGGAGCAAACAA